UAAUUGCUGCCGCUUCCGGGGCGGGUCGCGACGAACCGAUUUUGCUGUGCUUCCGCUCUCCCGUGUCUGGUGUCUCCGCGCUCCUUGCGGUAAUGAGCUUCCUCAAAAGUUUCCCGCCGCCUGGGUCGGCUGAGGGGCUCCGGCAGCAGCAGCCGGAUACCGAGGCUGUGCUGAACGGGAAGGGCCUCGGUACCGGCACCCUUUACAUCGCUGAGAGCCGCCUGUCUUGGUUAGAUGGCUCUGGAUUAGGAUUCUCACUGGAAUACCCCACCAUUAGUUUGCAUGCAGUGUCCAGGGACCUAAAUGCCUAUCCACGAGAGCAUUUGUAUGUUAUGGUUAACGCCAAAUUUGGAGAAGAAUCAAAAGAAUCUGUUGCUGAUGAAGAGGAAGACAGUGAUGAUGAUAUUGAACCUAUUGCUGAAUUUAGAUUUGUGCCUAGUGAUAAAUCAGCAUUGGAGGCAAUGUUCACUGCAAUGUGUGAAUGCCAGGCUUUGCAUCCAGAUCCUGAGGAUGAAGAUUCAGAUGAUUAUGAUGGAGAAGAAUAUGAUGUGGAAGCACAUGAACAAGGGCAGGGGGACAUCCCUACAUUUUACACCUAUGAAGAAGGAUUAUCCCAUUUAACAGCAGAAGGCCAAGCCACACUGGAGAGAUUAGAAGGAAUGCUUUCUCAAUCUGUGAGUAGCCAGUAUAACAUGGCUGGAGUUCGGACAGAAGAUUCAGUGAGAGAUUAUGAAGAUUCUGCUUAUAACUGUAGGAGAGAACUUGGUGCCUCUUCCACUGUGGAGUGGGUGUUGAUGAAAGUCUUUUUCCUUCUCCAAAACUUAACUGAACCAGUUCUUUCUUGAGACAGACUAUACUGAGACAACAAGUUGUCACCAGCACAAGAAACUAUGACCUUUAUUAACAAAGGUGAAUUAACCAAGAGGGUAUUUGUAGUUUAUCGUUACCCCAAAACUUUGUGUCUAGGUGUACCCUCUGAGUAGGCCUGUAAUUCCUGCCUUCACUAUAUGCAUCCUCAUAACCUAGCAGGACUACGUGGUGAAAAUGCACUGGCGCUUGAAGGUGUAGGUAGACUGUAUAGGAAAAAGAGAGGCUGAAUCUAAGAUAUAGAUAUAUAACUUAGGGCCUAAGGAUAUCCUUACACCUUAAAGAAGAAAAACAGAGAUCUCAGAGAAAUCCUGGCCUCUGCACAGUCUCCACAGGGAUAAAGGUCUUUUUACUAACUGGGGGCCCAAUUAGUAAAAAGACCUUUAACUAAUCUUUAAUUAGUUAACUCUGGGGAGCUUCUUCAGAAACGGCCCAGCCACACAUACUACCACUAACACAAGUGCUUCUGCCUAGCCUUUGCUCCUUUUACCAUGUUUCACCAAUCUGUUUUGUUAUAACCUUUUAGGUUAUAUCCUUUCAUUUCCAACCUCUUCGUUUCUGUAAAAGAAGAAGUGAAAUUGGGAUGCAGUUCUCAAAGUACUUUAGAUAAUUGUUUUGUCUUUGUAAUAGUUUAACAAAUAAAUCUAGGUUUUCUAUACUAUUGUGCUCUCUUUCUUGACUAAAACCAUUAAUGAGAAACAUUUUUUGAAAAAUUAGUGUUCGCAAAAAAUGAGAAUCUUGAUCUUAUUUUUGUUUGACUUUUGUUGACAACAUGAACAGGAAAUGAGUAAGAUAGAUAGAACUGGCAAAUAUUUAGUAAGGCAAAGUCAUAACACAUUUCAAAGGGAUUUCUGCUUCUUCUACUUGGACCGGGAGUGAUUUCUCAUAGCAUGCUUUUCAACUCACAAUUUUCAGUUUUCACAGAUACUUGGGUAUUUAUCAGGCUGAUUUGUAAUUACAGGUUUAUACUUGGACUUUAUGACCUUAAAAAUAGGAAAGCUAUUCACAAUUACUUGGGUAAUUAGUGACUAAACUAGUUUGUCACCACUAAGCCCAGUGUUCUUUUCAGCACUUUUACUUGGUUUCCCUCAUCUUGCAUGGUAGACUGAAAAAAGCUAAUAUUCCUUUUCCUGACCAGACUCUCAUAAAAUAAAUACUGAAUUUGUUCAACAAGUAAAUAAAAAGGCCGCUUGGAAAUGGGAACUGAAAUUUACUGAGACCUUGACCUUCUCUGUACUGUCCUAGGUUCUUUACAUGCAUUAUGCAUGUAAUAUUCUUAACCACCUUAUGAGGUAUAUAGGUGCUUUUAUGAUCGCACUUUCAAGAUGAGGAAACUGAGUUACAGAGAGAGGUAAAGUAAUGCUUGAGGUCAUAUAGAUAGGGAGUUCCGAUUUUUAAGUCUAUGCUCCCAAAUACUGUAUAGCACAUUUUCUCUUUACUGAGGGUUUUCAGUGUAAAAAUUUCAAUGGACAGCACAGGAAGUUCCCAAAUUUCUCUGCUACCAAUCUCAGCAGCACUCAUAAUUCUAUCUUAGACAUUUAUCCAUUCUUUAGUAAGCAGUCCGGGUAUUUUCAUGGGCUAAUCUUAGCGAUUCUAUUUGAAUUCCUUACAUACAUGUAAUUGUGACUUUCAGUGAAACAUAAAGUGCUCUUUGAUAACAUAUCAAUAAAAUGUUGGGGAGAUUCUGUGCACUGUUUCCUGUAGGCACUGCUGUGGUUAGCCUGGUAUUAUGGAUAAUGCAGUCAGCUAAGAUGCAGGAGACCAAGCAUCUAGUUCUGACUUGGCAGACAAGAUGUUUAACCUCUCUAGACCUACUUCCUCAUCUUUGUAAAAUGAGAGGACUAGACUUUCAAAGUCUAAAUGACUUUAAAAGUGUCAGUUGUAACAUUCUGUAAUAGUAGGCAGCUAUACCCAUAGCUUUGAGAAAAUAAGAGAAAGUGAGAAGGAAAGAUCAGCUCAGACUUUUUAAAAAUGAAAUUCAUAAUGAUCAGCAAGCCAACAUUUCUUUAUUAUGUUUGAACUUAAUUUUAGGGUUGCUGGAAUUGUUUUGUUUCCUAUUUUUUAAUUAAAAAAUAUUUAUUUAUUUGGCUGUGUCGGGUCUAGUUGCGGCACUUGGGCUCUUCAUUGUGGCUCAUGGGCUUCUGUCUAGUCGUGGCGCGUGGGCUCUCUUAGUUGUGGCACGUGGGAUUUGCAGCAUGAGGGCUUAGGUGCCCUGUGGGCUUAGUUGUCCCAUGGCAUGUGGAAUCUUAGUUCCUCGACCAGGGAUUGAAUCCACGUCCCCUGCCUUGGAAGGUGGAUUCUUAAUCACUGGACCACCAGAGAAGUCCCUGUUUCCUGUUUUUUGAUGUAGAGAAAAUUUAAAAGGAAAGACAUAGACAUUCUCCCCUCAUAAUAUGAGCCAUCUAAAAUAUCCUUAAAGGCUAGGGAUAAUGGUCGUCUGUUCUAGAUUCUGUUGUUCAAAAUGUAUUCACUAAAAUAUCCCAGUGGAUUUUUGUCUCCCUCAGAUCACUUUGUCAGAUAUUGGUACUUUUCAGAUAGGCUUGUUUAAAUGUUUGUUGAUUAUGUUCUUUGAGAUCUUGUUGGGAUCUUUGCUGGUAUUGUUAAAGAUGAGAGAUGGUGCACAAAUGAUCAUGGUAUACAGCCCUUUACUUUUAGAAGACAAGUGAUUACUCAUUGUUCAGAGAGAUUUUAGAUAUUUAGAUAAAAUUGUAUUUGUCUGCGGGAUUUCAGAUAGACUCAUUAUAUAGCUAAUUCUCAUACAAAUUAUACUUUUUAAGUAUUGCUAGAAUGGGUGAAUCGAUAUCUGGUACCCAUCUUCUGUGGCUAAUAGAUUGUAAUUAAAUUCUAAGAAAAUCCCUUAUGAGGAUUCUAAUAGAAUUAUUGCCAUCCCUUGAGAAAGGAGUCAAAAUUGACAAAUAUUUUCACUAGCAUCUCAUUGUCUGCUCAUAUCUACAUAAAUAAAACCAACAUCUAAUGUGGGGGACUUAAUAACUUCAGAUGAGAAUCAGAAAAACUUUUGGGAGAGCAGUGAACUUGGUAAUUGCUGCUUUUAACAUUUUAGAAGAUAAAAUAGAAAUACAUAACUCGGGGAUGAAAAGGCUAAAUAAAAAUGUAUACAGGCUAAUUCUUCUUAGGAUUUUAUUUGGAUUAUUCUGAAGAUUAUAUGAAUCACUAACAAGAAGUGCCGAGAAGAUGAUGCAAUAAAUGUUAGUUAUUACCAAUAGUAGUUAAUUCUUUCCAUAACAGAAAGCAGCAGCUACAAAUGUAAUGUUAACUCACUUAGAAUACAGCUGGGAUGCCUGAUAUUUAAAAUUCCACUGAGCAAUUAAAACAGAUGUGAUAAAAUUAUGCAUUUUUCUUGAAGGACCUUCAGGCCUUCACUGCAAGUCUCUACUCUUGCUCUACAAACAGGUCCAGUGUACUUGAGCAUCUACUUUCUAGGUAUGUAACAGGUUAGAAAAGGAGAAAAGGGAUGGUUUCAUCAGGCAUAUCAAUAGCAGCAGUAAAUAGCUGACAGAAUUAUGAAGAAAAGCAAAUGUAUAUUACCCCAAAAUACAGCAGUUUAAUUAAGCUUUCAUAGAGAAUAAUGCAAAUAUGAGGAUAAUGUAGUGAUUUAUGUUCAUAAAAGUAUGACCAAAAUUAUCAGCCUAAAUUCUGGUUGUAAAUAAAUCUAAAUCUGGCUAAUUUGAGCCGAAAAAAAAGUUAUUAGAAGGCUAUCUGGUGGUUCACAAAAUGGACAUGAAAGCUGAAAUAAACCAGGCUCAGAAAAAGGUUUAGAAGCUAGGACUGGUUUACAUAAGAUACUGUGAUUCCUCUGGGUAUUAUACUUGAUUUAAUUGCUUCCGUGUCUUUGAGUCACCACAGGGUCCUGGUUGGCACUGUGUAUUGCCAGAAGACAGGAGUAUCUGGCCUUUUCAGCUUCUGUAGUGGGAGGGCACUGCCCCUGCCCAGAUUCUGACAGUGGUGGAUUACCCCAAAUAGAAAGGAUGGUUGGAUGCUGGCUUGCCAAAAAUUUACAGCUGUCUACUGCAACCCCAAACCUCCAAAACAAAACAAAGCAAAAACAAACAAAAAAAAACCAAAAAACACUUUAUAAAUUGGAGUUGUAUAUAAUUAAAGGUUUUUAUAAAAACUGAGGGACAUACUAUUUGUCAAAAUUUAAGGUGCACAUGAGAGGGGACUUCCCUGGUGGUCCAGUGGCUAAGACUGCGCUCCCAAUGCAGGUGGCCCUGUUUGAUCCCUGGUCAGGAAACUAGAUCCCACAUGCAUGCUGCAAUUAAGCGUCUGCAUGCUGCAACUAAGAAAUCGGCGUGUUGCAACUAAAAAGAAAAAGAUCCCCCAUAUGCUGCAACGAAGAUCCCAUGUGCCACAACAAAGACCCGGCACAUCCUAAAUAAAUAAAUAAAAUAUUUUUAAAAAAUAAAAUGCACAUCAGAGACUUCACUUGAAUUUAUCUAAAAGAUAAAUUUGCACAUUAGGAAAAGUCAUAAAUGCAAGGAUAUUAAUUGCAACUUUAUUUGUAAAAGACUGAAAACAACCUCAAUAUCUAUAAUUAAGCCUGGGUCAAUUAUUUACAGUACCUCUGUACAAUGGGAAACUGUAUCUCUUAAAAAAAAUUAGUUAGGUACUAUGUACCAAUAAUGAAAAAGCUCCAAGAUGCAUUAAAUGAAAAAACAUGACACAGAUAUUUGUACAGAAGAAAAGGGGCUGGAGGUUACAAUGGGGAUUAUAUGUAUCAUGCAUAUGCAUAGUAUAUAAAGUUGUUUCUGGGAGAAGUAGGGGACUGGGAUAGGAGGGAGACUUGAGGUUUUUUUCCCCCAUUUGUGGGUUGAACUGUGUCCCCUCAAAAAAGAUGUUGAAGUCCUAACCCCCAGCAUUUCAGAAUGUGGACUUAUUUGGAAAUAGGGUCUUUACAGAGGCAAUCAAGUUAAAAUGAAGUCAUUAGGAUGAACCCUAAUCUAAUAUUACUGGUGUCCUUAUUAGAAGGGAGAAUUUGGACGCAGACAGACAUGGGCAGAGGGAAAGCCAUGUGAAGGAGGAUUGUAGUGAUGCAUGUCCCCUGAGGCUACCAGAAGCUAAGAGACAGGUCCGGAACAGAUCCUUCCCUAGUGCCUUUAAGAGGGAUCAUGGCUCUGCAGACACCUUGAUCGUCGACAUCUGACCUCCAGAACUGUGAGAGAAUAAAUUCCUGUUAUUCUAUACCACCUAGUUUAUGGUACUUUGUUAUGGUGGUAAUAGAAAACUAACACAUCCCCUGCAUGGUCGUAUUUUUUUAUCUGAGGAAUAGGGAUCUGGGCUAUAUAAUCAUAGUUUAGAGUCUCAAAGAAUAACUACCACUCAUUGUUGAAAUGCAAAACUCUGCAGGUAAAGAAAAAGUUGCCUAUCAUUACCUAAUUUUGUAAAUAAUUUGUUCUGAAAUGUCUUUGGCAUAUUAAAAAGACUAAUGUAACCUAGAGAAUAUUAUGCUCAGUGAAAUAAGAAAAAGACAUGAUAUCAGGUAUAUGUGGAAUCUAAAAAUAAUACAAAUGAAUAUAUACGCAAAACAGAAACAGACUCACAGAUACAGAAAACAAACUUGUGGAUACUGUAGGGGAGAGUGAAGUGGGAGAGGGACAAAUUAGGGGUAUGAGAUUAACAGAUACAAACUACCAUGUAAAAAGUAGAUAAGCAACAGGAUAUAUUGUGUAGCACAGGGCAUUACAGCCAUUGUCUUGUAAUAAUUUAUAAUGGAUUAUAAUCUGCAACAAUAUUGAAUCACUAUUCUGUAUACCUGAAAAUAAUAUAAUAUUGUAACUCAUCUACACUUCAAUUUAAAAAAAGAACGUAACAUACCCAUAUAUUCACAUGAAGCUAAGAAAUAAAAUUGUACAAAUAAAAUUGAAACUCCCUUUGUGUUCCCCAGAUCCCAGUCCCCUUCCUCUUCAGAGGUAACCACUAUCACAAAUUUGGUAUUUAUCAUAACCAUGUAUGUGUUUGUAUUUUUGCUACAUGUGUAUGUAUGUACCCUAUAAACACUAUGUAGUAUUGCAUUGCAUGUUUUUUAACUUUUAUUGAAUCUGCUGCUUUUCCUACUUAGCACUUUAAAAGUUUUAUUCAAGUUGAUACAGGCAGCUCUAUACCAUAGUUCAUCUACUCUCUUGAUGGGCAUUUAAGGUUCCACUUAUUCAUUAUUAAAGCAGUGCUGCAGUAGAUAUUCUUGUGCGUAUCUUAUGCAUGUGUGUGCAUUUCUCUGUUGUUGUAGCUUUCAUACAUUUCAUUAUACCUAAAAUAAGAAGUACCUUUCCCAAUAGGACCCACAGAUGUUUAUUUCUGCCAAUCCCCAAAACAAAAACUUCAUUAAAAAUACUUAACGUAAAUCUUAAACUUUGCUAGAUUUUGCUAAACUGUUCUCCAAAACAAUUGUGGCUAUUCACAGUUCCACCAUUAGGGAAUAAGAUUUAUUGCUUCUCUGUAUCCUUAUCAAUUUUUGAUAUUUCCAGACUCCUGAAUUUCUGCCAACCUGAUGAACAUGAAAGUAGAAUUUCAUCAUGGUUGUAGCUUCCAUGUUCCUAUUACAUUGAACACCUUUCUGUUUCAUAUAUUUGACAUUUCCAUAUUUUUUGCCCAAUUUUAGUUGUUUUUUUUCUUACUGAUCUGUCCUUUUUAUAUUCUAGAUUCCAAACUCCUAGUCUGUUACUUGUCUUUUCACUUUGUUUACCGUAUCUUUUAAAAGCAAGAAGUUGUAGAAUCUUGUGUGCUUUUAGAAGCAAGGAAUUAUUCCUUAGGUAGGAUGCUUUAAAGUGUGGUUAUUCUAGCCCUAGCAUUCUAAUACAGUUUUCCUACAGUAUGUUUUUUUAAUAACAUGAACUAGCUCACGAAUGAUUGCUAAAUAGGGCAGUGAUGUCAGUAUAACCCAGAAAUCAAAUUGGUUCAUGUGCAGGUUUUCCCAGCACAUUAAUAUUUUGCACCAACAGUUGCCUAGAGUUUUGUAAUAGUUGAAUCGAGGAAUAUAUGCCUUAAAUUCUGAAAUAGAGAGUUUUUGCAUGAUUUGAUUGUUUUAAUAGGAUCACUCAGGCAAUAGAAACAGGAAGUUAUUGCAAUAAUCUGGGCAAGAAUAAGUAGAUGGAGGCUUGACCAAACUAUGCUUGUAGGCCAUAAUGAAAAGUAUGAAAGCCUACUACCUUAGAAAAACACAUGUACACAGGAAGAUAUGCAUAAGAAUGUUUAUCAAAGCAUUGACUUAAUAGUGAAUAACUACAAAUACCAUCAAUAGAAUGGAUAAACUAUGCAGUCUGAAUUAACUAGAGCUGCAUGUAUUAACUUGAGUUAUACAUCAGACAACUAAGUAUAAAUGUUACACAGAUGGAUAUGAGUCUGGAGUUCAGGACAGUUGUACAAGCUGAAGAUAGAAAUUUGGCAGUUAUUAGGAUAUAGUUGCUAUAAAGCCACAAGACUGGAUAAAAUUACCAAGGGAGUAAGUAUAAAUAGAAAAGAGCUCAGAGGACUGAGCCCUGGGAAACUCUAUCAUUAUUUUAGGGAAAGGAGGAAGAAUAAACUGAGACGGCAAUGAUUUUCUGGAAGUGAAGUGCUUCAGGAGGAGAAAGCAAUGAAUUGUAUCGAAUGCUGCUGAUAGGUAAGAAGUAUGAGAACGUGAUUUAACAACAUGGAAGUCAUUGAUGGCUUCGGCAGGAAUUUCAGUGGAAUGAUGGAGUUGAAGGCCUGACUAGAAUGCUUCAAGAAAAAAAUGGGAAGAGGAAAAUUGAAGAACUUCUUCAGACUCCCACCAUCACAUCUGCUUACCUAAUUCUUCUUAUGCCUAUAUAGUCUUACCUUUUCUUCUGUUCCUGUGAACGAUCUGUCUGUGCUUCUAGCUAAGGCUGGCCCCUUCAGUUGUGCACUUGCUUCUGUCUCUGCUAACCUAUUAAAAACUAUGGACCUGGGAAGACUGCCCUCUCUUUCCUAUAUCAUUUUCUCUACUGCAUCAUUCCCCUCAGCAUGUAAAUAUGCCAAUAUCUUUCCCACCUUAAAAAAGGAAAUUCUUUCUUGACCCAAUCUCCCCUACAUUUUCCUUGUUUACAGCAAGUCUUUGAAAGAUGUCCUACUGCUCUCUCCAAUUUUUCUUCUAUUUCAUGUUUGGUUGCAGGUAUGGAAUAAGCAGACAGUUGGAUUUAAUCAAAUUGUGGUUAAGCCGUGUGAGUACUGUGAGAUAGAGGAACAAGGGAGUUAAGAUUCUAUGCAAGAGUAUAAGCUGUUUAAGGAGGCGAGAGUAAUUGAGAGGGGAGAGAGAUGUGAAAAGGUGGUGCUAUCAGUGGACAGAAGUUCUCCAUGAGGGUUCAAAGGAUCACUGGAUAUGAGACAGGGUGAGUGAGCUGGGGAAAAGGAUUAGUGGUUGAGGAAUGAGGUGUUUGAGAUCAGAGAAGAGUCUGAGUUAUUGGUAAUGACAAGCGCAAGGUUAUGACCAAAGUUGUAGCUGAAGCAGAAGAGAAGGGAAAAAUUAUUGAAGAGCCUUUCAAGUUCGGCCAAUGAACUGGGAGGCCAAGACACUAGAAGGAUUAUCUUUCUAAGUAUUGAAAUCACCAACACAUAUAGUUGGAGUAGUGUCGUAGAGAGUGAGACAGGAACUUAAUUCCUAAAGGAUCAAGAGGGAAUUGAGGGGACUGUAAAGUAGAUAAUUGCAAUAAGUACCCAGGUAGAAGGGUGGCAUGGUCUGAUGACAUGUUUUUAACAGAGGGAGCAGAGAAUAGAUGAGGAGAAAGGAACCUGUUCCAUCUCCAGGCCCAGUGGUAUCAAGAGCUGUGACAGAGGAAACAGCUAAGCUACCAUUUGAGAGGGCUGCAGGGGAAACCAUGUCAUCACAAGUCACAACCUCUAAUUCUGACAAGUGAAGUUUAGAGGGCUGGGUAUUUUCACAAAUUAAUACUCAGCUUUCUUAAACCACAGUCUCAUGAUAAAGAGAUGUGAGUUAAAAAAAAGUUCCUAUAAGAAAAACAGCCAUUAAAAUAUAAGUGAAAUUCAGCUUCAUGUUUGGAAGACAUAGGGAGCGGCAAAGGGACCAUUUGGUCCCUUUAGGGACUGUCAUUUUGUGUGGUUGUAAUAGCAGAAUUCAGGCCUAAUAUUGACUGAUCUUUUGAUUUUUUUUUUUUUUUGAAGAGAAGCUAGAACUAUGGAUUUUUGUGUGAAAAGAGCUUACAAUGUAACUUGUUAUUUUGUUUUAAUUACUGUGCAGCCCAAAUAAAACAAGUCAGACUGCA